UUAAAUACAUUUAUUGAGAUUAUUAAAAAAAUGACGAUAACUCACCAGAAUUCAACAACAGAUGGACCCCAGUUUGUUGGUAUUAAAUUCUGUCCCGAAUGCAAUAACAUGUUGUAUCCUAAAGAAGACAAACAAAAUAAAAAGCUGAUGUAUCAUUGUCAGAACUGUGAGCACGUGGAGCGAGCUGAUAACAAUUGUAUCUACGUCAACAAGAUAACUCACGAGAUUGACGAGUUACAGAAUAUUGUGGGAGAUGUUAUCACUGAUCCUACCCUUCCCAGAACACAGGAUCAUCCGUGUCCGCGCUGCAGUCAGUGUCUAGCAGUCUUCUUCCAAGCUCAGAGCAGUAUUGCAGAUCAGGGUAUGCGACUGUAUUAUGUAUGUUGUAAUCAACAGUGUAAUCACAAGUGGACUGAAUGAUGUCUGAUACUUUAUAUCAUGCAUCGAGAAUAGCUGCAGAUUUACAUCGAACCGUGUCUCAACAGACGACAAUGAGACAGCUUUCAGAGAUAUGACGAGUAAAUAAUACUUGUUAAAAUAAACUGAACAUGUGGAUUCUAAUAUUGAAAUAAAAUUGACCCGAUCUCAUUGUAGAUUUUUUAUUUUAAUUCAUUUUAUUAUUCAGGACUUCUAUGUCUGGUCUUUCAAUGGUAUUUCUACUAAUUCUAUUUAUUUUAUACACUGAAAACUUUUCUCAGCAAAUCUUGCUGCAUUAAAAAAAGAUUAAUUGCAAAAUGUGUUGGAUUGAUAGCUGUUCAAAAGGACUUUCAAUUUUUUCACUGUCUGAUAACAACUUUUCUUGUGCAUAGUUUCCAGGGUACCAUCCUUUUGUGCCAUAUUACACUGUACCUAUUCAAUAAUCUUCCUUCGCGAUAAAA